CAAUAGAGUGAGAGAGCAAGCCCAUUCUUUUUUGACCCAAACUAAAAUGCAUCACACAUGUUCUCAUGGCUGAGAAGGUGGCAGUGUCACCCGAAACUCGCAAACUGGACCCAAAAUUAGCUAACGAGAAUUUGACCAAGCACCGCCUCCCUCAAACCCCCAUACACACAAAUCAACAACAUAACAGAGACAGAGGCACAGAGGCAAACAGCGUAGCCACUUGCCGGUGAGCAAAAUAUCACUGCAAUUAAUUAAGUUAGCACAGAAGAAAGAAAAAAAUGGGAAGUAAAGAGCGAGCAAAGGAAAGGAGAGAAAAAAGACUCCAAGAGAUUUCCCUUCUCCGUACCAUUCCCUAUUCCGAUCACCAAAGGUGGUGGUCCGCAGAAACAAUUGCGGUGGUGACUGGUGCUAACAGAGGAAUUGGGUUUGAGAUUGUAAGACAACUUGCAGAUCAUGGAUUGACAGUUAUAUUGACAUCAAGAGAAAGUAGUGCUGGCCUUGAAGCUGCCAAUAUCUUGCAAGAAUCAGGUCUUAAUGUGGUAUUUCAUCAACUUGAUAUCUUAGAUUCUUCGUCUAUCCAACAGUUUACAGAUUGGAUACGAGAAACUUAUGGUGGAAUAGAUAUUCUGGUGAAUAAUGCAGGUGUUAAUUACAAUCUUGGGUCUGAUAAUUCUGUUGAAAAUGCCCGUAUGGUUAUUAAUACCAACUAUUAUGGGACUAAAAAUGUGAUUAAAGCUAUGAUUCCAUUGAUGAGACCUUCAGUUGCAGGUGCUCGUAUUGUUUGUGUAAGCUCACGGCUGGGUAAAGUAGGUGGAAGACGUAAUAGGAUUGGAGAUGCAACUUUGAGGGAAGAAUUAACUAACCUAGAAACACUAUCAGAAGAACUCAUUGAUAGGACUGUAUCUACUUUCCUUCAGCAAACAGACGAUGGAAGUUGGACAUCAGGCGGAUGGCCUCAGAAUUUCACUGAUUACUCGGUGUCAAAACUUGCAGUUAAUGCUUUCAUUCGGUUAAUGGCAAAGGAACUCUCAGACCGGCCUGAUGGUCAAAAGAUCUAUAUCAACUGCUACUGUCCUGGCUGGGUAAAGACUGCCAUGACAGGUUGGGCUGGUAAUGUAUCAGCUGGGGACGGGGCUGAUACUGGAGUAUGGCUUGCCCUGCUUCCGGACCUGUCAAUAUCAGGAAAAUUUUUUGCUGAGAGAAGGGAAAUAAACUUCUGAGGCAAUUAUGGUGAUUGCAAUUGCAGGGUUUGUUGUCCAGUUCCCAUCUCCUUAACUGAGAACAGAUUUGUAACAUUCAAAGGGGAAAGAUGAAAACCAGUUAGCUUACAUUUCUUGACCCCAUAUUUGAGAGUCUUCCCCUUUGGCUUUUAUUUUUGUUCUUAAUUGUUUUUCCUACCAUCAAUGUUCUCAUUCAUGCUCUGUAUACAAUGCAAGUGAAGGUUAUUCAUUUCUUCCUUA